GGUUGCUGUGGUUUCGGCGGCGCCGUGGACGGGAGCGGGGACGGGAGCGCAGCUGUGUUUGUGUAGAAUGUCAUCAGAUGAGGACAGAUACUCCCUUCCAGCUGUGCAGAAUGACUCGGAUCAUGGCAGUUCUGUCUCUACCGGCCUUCAGGAAGAAUAUGAAGAACUGCUCCGCUAUGCUGUAGUGACUCCCAAUGUGGAAUCCAUUGCCUCGCAGCUCCCUCACCCUAGGGCAGAGGUGGCGCCAGACCUUAGACUUCCUACUACAAUGGAUAUGCUUCAUAAUCAAGUAAGAGAAACUGGAGCAGAUGUUGGAAAAGGGUACGAUUUUCAUAUUUCCAGCCGCUCAAGGACAAGUGGAUCACCACCACUGUUGUCACCAAGGAAACCUCACCCAGUCAUGGACUUUUUCAGUUCACAUCUUUUAGAUGACUCUUCCUCUCCAGACACUAAUUCUACACAAACAGAAACCCACCAAGUCUUUGUGGGAGAUCGUCUUGUUUCUGAUGAAAACCUUCAUAAAAUGGAGAAUGUACUUGAUCUUUGGAGUUCAGGUCUUAAGACAAACAUUAUCUCUGAACUAAGUAAAUGGAGACUUAAUUUUAUUGACUGGCACAGAAUGGAAAUGAAGAAAGAGAGGGAAAAGCACGCAGCACAUAUAAACCAGCUGUCCAGCCAGAUCAUUGAAUUAAAGGAGCUGCAGAAAGCCUUUGAGGUUUCCAUUGGAAGAAAAGAUGAGGUGAUUUCCAGCUUGUCUCAAGCCUUAGGCAAGCAAAAGGAAAAGAUCGAGCUGAUGAGGACCUUCUUCCACUGGAGAAUUAGCCAUGUCAAAAGCAGACAGGACGUUUAUGAAGGCAAGCUAGCUGAUCAGUACUUCCAGCGAACCUUGCUGAAGAAAGUCUGGAAGGGCUGGCGUUCCGUAGUACAGAGGCAGUGGAAAGAGGUGGUAGAACGAGCUUGUCAAGCAAGAGCCGAAGAAGUUUGUGUCCAGAUUUCAAAUGAUUAUGAAAACAAAAUUGCCAUGUUAUCUGGAGCUUUGGAAAAUUCAAAAACUGAAAUUCAAAGAUUGCAACAAGAAAAAGAGCACUUUGAAGACUCCAUGAAGAAAGCUUUCAUGAGAGGGGUGUGUGCAUUAAAUCUUGAAGCCAUGACUAUGUUUCAAAACAAAAAUGACUCAGGGCUCGACUUCACAAGCAGCAGAAGGGAAGAGGGGGGCCCCGGUGUGCCGGGCAGAGAGCGCCCCGGGCACGCGGAGGGCCCCCCGGCCAGCGCCUCCGUCCUCCCCUCGGCCGCCGCGUCCGUGACCUCGGCCGGAGCCGCGUCCGCCUCCUCGGGGCCCGGGCCGGGGCCCGCCUCGGUGCUCAGCGCGGGCUCCGGGGCCCCGGCUGCCCAGGAAGACAUGUAUGUGCCAAGAGUGGUCACUUCAGCACAGCAGAAAGCUUCGAAAACAAUUACAGCCCGGAUCACGGGGAGAAGCGAUUUUGCUCCAAAGAAUAGAGUUAGCAGCAGUUUGGCGAUCAUGGGAGUUUCUCCUCCCAUGAGCUCCGUCGUGGUGGAGAAACAUCACCCCGUCACAGUGCAAACUAUUUCUCAAGCAGCUGCCGCAAAAUACCCACGGACCAUCCAUCCCGAAGGCGCCGCAGCGUCCCGGUCUCUCGGAAGCAGAUCAGCCCACACCCAGUCUCUGGCAAAUGUUCCGUCCAUAAAAGUGGUUGACUAAAGUGAACCUGUUCACACGCACACCUCCAUUCCUCUAACUCUUCCAUCUUGGUAGACGACCGUGAAUACAUCAUGUUCAUCUUUUCAAACUUACCUCUUGCGAGCUGUACCAUCCUCUGUAACUAUAUGUAGAAAAUAUUUUAAUGUUAUUUUUAUUUAAACAAUUAAUGCUUUUUUAAAUUAAAAAAUAAACUUCAUUUGUAAAUAUGUUCAGCUUGUCACUGAUUAUAUCAUUAGAGUUUAAAUCCUGUUUUCUAUGUAGUGUUUUCUGAAAGAAUCGUUUCCAGUGUUUCACAACUUACUACACAUAAUUUACACAACUUUUUAACAGGGACUGUCACUAAAAAAAUUAUAGAACUAAGAGAAAGCAAGCCAGGCAUGGUGCCUGCCUGUAACCCCAGCUCUUGGAUGGCUGAAGGAGGAGCAUCAUGAGUUCGAGGCCCGGUUGGGCUAUAUUGUGAGCCCCUAGGGAAGAGGGGAGCAAUAGGAACCGAAGCACGGGGAGAGGAGUAGGAAUGGGAGACUAAAGUAUGUUUACUUUUAAACGGAAAAGAUAAAGACAUGAAUGGGAAAGGUUUCACGACUGGCACCAAAAUAAAGUGAUAGAAGCAUCAACAGGGAAUCUCCUGCUCUGGCCUUGCUUCACCCUGUUUGAAACCACAGCCCUGAGCCACACUGUCCUCUCUGAACAGACACCGGCUGGGCAGUGUAGACCUACUGGGCCUGGACAGAAACUUCCCAGUGGCUGCUCAACACGAAGAAGUCAUUUGGGCAGAACUAGCUCAGGAACAGAGAACUUGAGGC